AUGGCAGCGUUCUGCGGUCGGCACCUACCAGCGCAGCUGGUUAUAGACUCAACUCAGAAUACUCCCGAAGUGGCAGCGUUCUGUGGGCGGCACCUACCAGCGCAGCUCGCAACGGCUCUCGAGGCCAACCCGGGGGACAUUCCCAAGGCUCUCAUAUCCACCUUCUUUAGGAUGGACGAGAUGAUGGCGCGCGAGGAGCACCGGGCGGAGCUGCAGCAGCUGGCGAGCGAGGGGAAGGAGAGUGAGGACGCGCGGCUGAGACAGGAGGAGCGAGAAGCGCGCCGAGGCGAGGGCGAACGCAGCGCGCUCGUUGCCUCUGUGUUCGGGGCUGGUGAGGAGGAGGAGGAGGAAGAGGAGGAAGAGGAGGAAGAGGAGGAAGAGGGGGAAGAGGAGGAAGAAGGGGAAGAUGAGGAGGAGGAGGAGGGGGAAGAGGAGGAGGAAGAGGAGGAAGGGGAGGAGGUUGAGGAGGGUGAGGAGGAAGAAGAAGAGGAUGAGGAGGAUGAGGAAGGGGAAGAGGCGGAUAGUGAUGAAGAGGAGAGCGGCAAGGGGAAGGAGACGGGGAAGGAGGGUGGGAGUGGUGCAGAGAAGGCUGAGAGUAGUGGAGAGAAGGUGGAGAAUGGUGGAGAGAAGGGGGAGAGUGGUGGAGAGAAGGUGGAGAGUGGUGGAGAGAAGGGGGAGAAUGGUGGAGAGAAGGUGGAGAAUGGUGGAGAGAAGGGGGAGAAUGGUGGAGAGAAGGUGGAGAGUGGUGGAGAGAAGGUGGAGAGUGGUGGAGAGAAGGUGGAGGGCGGUGAGGAGAAGGGCAGGCCUGUCCCAACUCCCCCAACCACCACCCUCUCCCUCCCUCGCCCCACACGCACCCACCAGCCAAUAUUCAUGAUCAAUAGAGGGACAGGGGCACCCCAAAAAGCUUAUCAUGGGCCCGAGGCGGGGUGCACGGUGGUGGUAGCAGUGGUGGCAGGGAAACAGCUCGUGGUGGCGAAUGCGGGCGACUCGCGGUGUGUGCCAAUCUUUAUGGUCAAGAAAACGACACCCCAGAAGGCCUAUCGGGGCCCCGAGGCGGGGUGCACGGCGGUGGUAGCAGUGGUGGCGGGGAGGCAGCUGGUGGUGGCGAAUGCGGGCGACUCGCGGUGUGUGGUGAGCCGGGGAGGAGAGGCGGUGGAGAUGUCGCGAGAUCACAAGCCCACCAUGCCGGAGGAGCGCAGGAGAAUUGAGCAGUCGGGGAAGUUCGUGUCGGACGGCCGGAUAGACGGCUGCCUCAACCUCUCCCGUGCCCUAGGUAAACCCUUCCCACACCGCCCUGCACGCGCCCCCCCUCCUCCCUCCCCGCCCUCUUCCCCUCCUCGUCCUCCCUUUGCUUAG